AUGUCUAAUUGGAUAGAGGGUUACAAUCCCUCAAACAAUGCAUGGCACUACAUUACCAGAAUUCCGGGGCUAAUUGAAAAUCAAGUCCUAAAAGGGUUUUCCAUGAUUUCCAUGGGCAACUCGAUCUUCAUAAUCGGUGGCAGACUUUGUCACAAAAUGGUAGGCAUUAAUGAUGUCGAGGACCCUGACGAGAUUGUCGAAGUUGAUCUUGAAGUCAUCUCGACUGUGCUACGUUACGAUGUUCGUGACGAUGCAUGGUUCAAAUGCGCACCGAUGCACACACCGCGGUUCGAUUUUGCAUGCACGGUGUGCGACAAUAAGAUUUACGUGGCUGGGGGACAAUGCACGUUGGCUAGUGCUAGGGGGAUUUCAUUGGCCGAGGUGUAUGACCCUGUACAAAACCUGUGGACAGCUUUGCCUAACAUGAGCACCUCGAGGUACAAAUGUGUUGGGGUGAGGUGGAAAGGGAAAGUCCACGUGGUAGGGGGUUUUACAGGCAAUGGAAACUCAUGGGACACCAUGGAACGUAGCUCUGCCGAGAUCUACGACUCCGAAUGUGCCAAGUGGGGACACAAGGUGGGGAUGUGGCAACUUGAUGUGCCACCUAAUCAAAUAGUAGCAGGUCCUGGUGGCAAGCUUUUUAGCUCCGGCGAUUGCCUAAAUGCUUGGAAGGGUCAAAUUGAAGCCUAUGAUGAAGAUGUUAACAUAUGGAAAGGUGUGGAGGGUUCACACUAUCCAGCCUUAUCCUAUCCAACAUUUUCCACCGAGGCAGAUUCGUCAUCCCUACUCCGACGACUUUUCCUUACCAUGGCACCAAUCGGGACCCACUUUUACUUCUUGGCAGGCUAUCGUAUGCCCGGGGACAUAUCGGCAAUGAUGUCGGUUGUUCAUGUGUUUGACACAUCAACAAAUGUCCGGGAGGGAUGGAGAAGUUUUGAGCCAGUGGAAGAGGAUCGGGAAAAAGAACUCUGUAGCCACUGUUGUGCUUUUGAAGGUGAUCAUGAGGACAACAUGCUUUCUUAG